AUGGCUAGAUCCAAGGAUUGUCACAGUGUAGUCUCAUCGACUGAAAGUUGUGAAACCGACCUUGUCCUAGAGCAGAAAGCAUUGGAUAGAGUUAUAACUUCCAGGACAAGUAACAGACGCACAAGACGUGGGACCAUAUUGAGCAUUGGCAACCGAGAUGAACAGCCUAGGAAACUUCAUUUCAGGCCGGGUAGAGUGAUCGAGUUCAAGCCUGAGAUUACUAGCCUCCCGAGGAGGCUCAAGUUUAAGAGGAGAGCACCACGAAGCGAUAGCUCACAGUCCAAAGUUGAGGUGACUUCUGGUGUGUUAAGGAAGGGUGGCGGGAGGAGAGAAGGCCCUCCUCGUCGAGUCGAGUUUAUGGAUACUGAGAAAGUGGUAUUGAGACACCAAGACAUGCAAGGAGAGAAAGUGUUGCAAGCUUCACAGAACAACGUAAUCGAAGAAACAGCGAGUAAGCUGGUGGAGGACAGGAAGAGCAAAGUGAAGGCUUUGGUUGGAGCUUUUGAGUCGCUGCUCACUCUUCAAGAUUCCAAACCCGUUCCCACUAUUAGUGUAUGA